GCCGUUACAGUCUCCUGACUCUUCAAUGUUCUCACAAUCACAAAGACAAAAUAGCCACAUGACAGCUAAUAUACCUUUACAACACACACGCACAUCCGCUCUUUCUCUAUAGCAUUCCGCCUUCUCAUAUUUUUCAAUUCAGCAGCUCUCUCUCUCUCUCUCUACUCUUUACUUCCGUUUUUGGCUGCUCUCAUUCUCUCUCUACACUUUCAGCUCCAGAUUCACGUUGUUCUUUCGAUUUUCAGCUAAACUCUGCCUGAGAUGUCGAAAGCUGGAGCCAUAGAUCUAGCAUUGGGCGUGGGUGGAAAGAUUGAGAAAGCCGAAGUUCUGUCUGCUGUUGAGAAGUAUGAGAAGUAUCAUGUCUGUUAUGGAGGUGAAGAGGAAGAGAGGAAGUCUAACUACACUGACAUGGUUAAUAAAUACUAUGAUCUUGUCACUAGCUUUUAUGAGUUCGGUUGGGGAGAAUCUUUCCAUUUUGCUCCAAGAUGGAAAGGGGAAUCACUUCGAGAGAGCAUCAAGCGACACGAACACUUUCUUGCUUUGCAACUUGGCCUGAAACCUGGACAAAAGGUUUUAGAUGUUGGAUGUGGAAUCGGAGGACCACUUAGAGAAAUUUCUCGUUUCAGCUUGACAUCAAUUACAGGGUUGAACAACAAUGAGUAUCAGAUAACCAGAGGAAAGGAACUCAAUCGCAUAUCUGGUGUGGAUAAGACUUGCAACUUUGUGAAGGCUGACUUUAUGAAAAUGCCAUUCCCAGACAAUACUUUUGAUGCAGUGUAUGCAAUUGAAGCUACCUGUCAUGCACCAGAUGCGUAUGGAUGCUAUAAAGAGAUUUAUAGAGUGCUGAAGCCUGGUCAACUUUUUGCUGCGUAUGAAUGGUGCAUGACUAGUUCCUUUGAUUCUAGUAACCAAAAGCAUCAAAAAAUAAAGGCAGAAAUUGAGCUUGGCGAUGGGCUCCCUGACAUUAGAUUGACCACAAAGUGUCUUGAAGCUCUGAAGCAAGCAGGUUUUGAGGUCAUAUGGGACCAAGAUUUGGCAGAGGACUCUCCUAUUCCUUGGUAUUUGCCUUUGGAUAAAAGUCACUUCUCGCUAAGUAGUUUCCGUCUAACAUCUGUUGGCCGACUAUUCACAAGAAACAUGGUUAAGGCUCUUGAGUAUGUUGGACUGGCACCCAAGGGAAGUGUCAGGGUUCAAGAUUUCUUAGAAAAGGCUGCAGAGGGACUAGUUGAAGGCGGAAGGAAGGAGAUCUUCACACCAAUGUAUUUCUUUUUGGCAAGGAAGCCUGAUUCAGACCAUCAGUAACAAGGCAUUAGUGUUCAUUGCGCUGCUGUAGUCAGGAGUUUUAGUGACUCGAGGAGGCAGAAUUAUAUUUUGGAAUUGCCUUCUUAUUGGACGUUUGCCAAUGUGAGUUUUGCUGCAGUUUUGAAUUGCCUUUUGUGUGUGUGUGUCUAGUGUAGUUUUAUCUUGAGCAUAUGGCGGUAGCCUCCUCCUCCGUUGACUGCACCUUACUAUCCCGUCUAAUGAAUGAAUUUCUUUAUCGAUCUAA